UCCCUCCCUCCUGAGGAGCUGCCGCCGCCGCUCUGCCGCCGCCACUCCGCCGCCAUUUUGGGUUCGCUUUGCGGAGGGGGAGACGAUCCCCGUCUCGGUUUGCGGGACCCACCUCCCCUCAGUCUCUCCAGCUCAGCCCCGCGCCUUUCUCUCUUCCUCUCUCCCGUCUCCGCCAGCCCGCUCCCCCGCCGGCCGCCUCUUGACAAGCGAGAGGGACCCGCCGUGGACCGAGGGAAGCGGAGGAGCCUGGUGGCGGCCGUCCCCUCUUCCCCACUUCCCUGCACUCCCAUCGCCGGGCCUCGGCCUCUGACACGAAAAAGAGAUGCUGGUUGCAAGUUUUGGAGUUUCCUGUUUUUUAUGGAACACAAUUCUGUAAACUGUUCAUAGGAUUCCUUGGCAAUAACAUACACUUGGUGAUGGACCUUAGAAAUACUGCUAUGUUAGGAUUGGGUUCUGAUUCCGAAGGAUUUUCAAGAAAGAGUCCCUCUGCCAUCAAUACCGGAACACUGGUCAGCAAUAGAGAAGCAGAGCUAGAAAACAACGCAAAGGAGGAAGAGGGACUUCGCAAAUGGAAUCGAGAAAGAAACAUUGAAUCAGGGAAAGAUGAUGAUUUGACUGAUGCACAGCAACAGUUUUCAGUGAAAGAAACAAACUUUUCAGAGGGAAACUUAAAAUUGAAAAUUGGCCUUCAGGCUAAGAGAACUAAAAAACCUCCAAAGAACUUGGAGAACUAUGUAUGUCGACCUGCCAUAAAAACAACUAUCAAGCACCCAAGGAAAGCACUUAAAAGUGGGAAGAUGACAGAUGAAAAGAAUGAACACUGUCCUUCAAAACGAGACCUUUCAAAGUUGUACAAGAAAUCAGGUGAUGUUUCAGCCAUUCAAUGCCAUUCUGAAGAAAGUAUCCAUCUUCAUUCACAGGGAGAAAACAAUUCAUUGUCCAAGAAGCUUUCUCCAAUACACUCAGAAAUGACAGAUUACAUUAAUGCAACAUCAUCUACUGUUGUUGGUAGCCGGGAUCCUGAUUUAAAGAACAAAACAUUACUUAAUGGAGGAACGAGCGUAACAGAAAAGUUGGCACACCUUAUUGCAACUUGUCCCCCCUCCAAGUCUUCCAAGACAAAACCGAAGAAGUUAGGAACUGCUACUACUAUUUCAGGAUUGGUUAGCAAGGAUUUGAUCAGGAAAGCAGGUGUUGGUUCUGUAGCUGGAAUAAUACAUAAGGACUUAAUAAAAAAACCAGCAAUCAGCACAGCAGUUGGAUUGGUAACUAAAGAUCCUGGGAAAAAGCAAGUGUUUAAUGCAACAGUAGGAUUGAUCAAUAAGGACUCUGUGAAAAAACUAGGAACUGGCACUACAGCGGUAUUCAUUAAUAAAGACUUAGGCAAAAAGCCAGGAACUAUCACUACAGUAGGACUGCUGAGCAAGGAUUCAGGAAAGAAGCUAGGAAUUGGUAUUGUUCCAGGUUUAGUGAAUAAGGAAUCUGGGAAGAAGUUAGGAUUUGGCACUGUAGUUGGACUGGUUAAUAAAGACCUGGGAAAGAAAUUGGGUUCUACUGUUAGCCUAGUGGCCAAGGACUGUGCAAAGAAGAUCGUAGCAAAUUCAACAAUGGGAUUAGUUAAUAAGGACAUUGGAAAGAAACUAGUGAGUUGUCCUGUAGUAGGACUGGUCAGUAAAGAUGCCUUAAAUCUUAAAGCUGAAGCUCUGCUCUCCACUCAGGAGUCAUUUAAGGCUUCUUGUACAAACAUCAAGAGUCAUGAAAGUCAGGAACUUUCUGAAUCCCUGAAAGACAGUGCCAACAGCAAAACUUUUGAGAAGAAUGUUAUUCGACAGAGUAAAGAAAGCAUAUUGGAAAAGUUCUCAGUUCGAAAAGAAAUCAUUAAUUUGGAGAAAGAAAUGUUUAAUGAAGGAACCUGCAUUCAGCAAGAUAGUUUCUCAUCCAGUGAAAGGGGGUCAUAUGAAACCUCAAAGCAUGAAAAGCAAACUCCCGUAUAUUGCACUUCUCCGGACUUUCAAAUGGGAGGCGCUUCUGAUGCAUCUACAGCUAAAUCCCCUUUUAGUGCAGUAGGAGAAAGCACUCUCCCCUCCCCAUCACCUACUGUAUCUGUUAAUCCUUUAACCAGAAGUCCCCCUGAAACUUCACUACACUUGGCUCCUAAUUCUUUACUUUUAAGUCCUACCACAGAACUAAUGGAAGAAAUUUCUGAAUCUGGUGGAAAGAACCAAUUUACUUCUGAAAGUGCCCACUUGAACAUUGGUCACAGGUCUGUGGGUCAUAGCAUGAAUAUUGAAUGUAAAGGGAUUGAUAAAGAGCUAAAUGAUUCAAAAACUACACAUCUAGAUAUUCCAAGAAUAAGCUCUUCUCUAGGAAAAAAGCCAAGUUUAACUUCUGAAUCCAGUAUUCAUACAAUUACUCCUUCAGUUGUUAACUUCACUAGUUUAUUUAGUAACAACCCUUUUCUAAAACUUGGUGCAGUAACUGCCUCUGACAAACACUGCCAAGUUGCUGAGAGCCUAAGCACUAGUUUGCAGUCCAAACCAUUAAAAAAAAGGAAAGGAAGAAAAGCUCGGUGGACUAAAGUGGUGGCAAGAAGCACAUGCCGGUCUCCAAAAGGGCUAGAAUUAGAAAGAUCAGAGCUUUUUAAAAAUGUUUCAUGUAGCUCACUAUCGAAUAAUAAUUCUGAGCCAGCCAAGUUUAUGAAAAACAUUGGGCCAUCUUCAUUUGUAGAUCAUGAUUUCCUUAAACGCCGAUUGCCAAAGUUGAGCAAAUCUACAACUUCGUCUCUUGCUCUCUUAACUGACAGUGAAAAGCCAUCUCAUAAGUCUUUUGCUACUCACAAGCUAUCUUCCAGUAUGUGUGUCUCUAGUGACCUUUUGUCUGAUAUUUAUAAGCCCAAAAGAGGAAGACCUAAAUCUAAAGAGAUGCCUCAACUGGACGGUCCACCUAAGAGGACUUUAAAAAUCCCUGCCUCUAAAGUUUUUUCUUUACAUUCUAAGGAAGAACAAGAACCUCCAAUUUUGCAACCAGAAAUUGAAAUUCCUUCCUUCAAACAAAGUCUGUCUGUAUCUCCUUUCCCGAAAAGGAGAGGCAGACCUAAGAGGCAAAUGAGGUCACCAGUCAAGAUGAAGCCACCUGUACUAUCAGUGGCUCCAUUUGUUGCCACCGAAAGUCCAAGCAAGCUAGAAUCUGAAAGUGACAACCAUAGAAGUAGUAGUGAUUUCUUUGAGAGCGAGGAUCAACUUCCUGAUCCGGAUGACCUAGAUGACAGUCAUAGGCCAACUGUCUGUAGUAUGAAUGACCUUGAGAUGGAACCAGGUAAAAAAAUCAAGAGAAACAAUGGACAAUUGAUGAAAACAAUUAUCCGCAAAAUAAAUAAAAUGAAGACUUUAAAGAGAAAGAAACUGUUGAAUCAGAUUCUUUCAAGCUCUGUAGAACCAAGUAAUAAAGGGAAAGUGCAAUCCAAACUCCAUAAUACAGUGUCAAGUCUUGCUGCUACAUUUGGCUCUAAAUUGGGCCAACAGAUAAAUGUCAGCAAGAAAGGAACCAUUUACAUAGGAAAGAGGAGGGGUCGAAAACCAAAAACUGUCUUAAAUGGCAUUCUUUCUGGUAGCCCUGCUAGACUUGCUGUUCUUGAGCAAACAGCUCAGCAAGCAGGAUCAGCAUUAGGACAGAUCCUUCCCCCUUUACUGCCUUCAUCUGCUAGUAGUUCUGAGAUUCUUCCAUCACCUAUUUGUUCUCAGUCUUCUGGGGCUAGUGGAGGUCAGAGCCCUGUAAGUAGUGAUGCAGGCUUUGUUGAACCCAGUCCAGUGCCAUAUUUGCAUUUACACUCCAGACAGGGCAGUAUGAUUCAGACUCUUGCAAUGAAGAAGGCCUCAAAAGGGAGGAGGCGAUUAUCUCCUCCUACUUUGUUGCCCAAUUCUCCUUCACAUUUGAGUGAACUCACAUCUCUGAAAGAAGCUACUCCUUCUCCCAUUAGUGAGUCUCAUAGUGAUGAGACCAUUCCCAGUGAUAGUGGAAUUGGAACAGAUAAUAACAGCACAUCAGACAGGGCAGAGAAAUUUUGUGGGCAAAAAAAGAGAAGGCAUUCCUUUGAGCAUGUUUCUCUGAUCCCCCCUGAAACCUCUACAGUUCUAAGCAGUCUUAAAGAAAAACAUAAACAUAAAUGUAAGCGCAGGAAUCAUGAUUACCUCAGCUAUGACAAGUUGAAAAGGCAGAAACGAAAACGGAAAAAGAAAUAUCCCCAACUCCGAAACAGACAGGAUCCAGACUUUAUUGCAGAGCUGGAGGAAUUAAUAAGUCGUCUUAGUGAAAUUCGAAUCACCCAUCGAAGUCAUCAUUUUAUCCCCCGAGACCUCCUGCCAACUAUUUUUCGAAUCAACUUUAAUAGUUUCUAUACACACCCUUCUUUCCCCUUAGAUCCUUUGCACUACAUUCGAAAACCUGACUUAAAAAAGAAGAGAGGGAGACCUCCUAAGAUGAGAGAGGCAAUGGCUGAAAUGCCUUUUAUGCACAGCCUUAGUUUUCCUCUUUCUAGUACUGGAUUCUAUCCCUCUUAUGGCAUGCCUUACUCUCCCUCACCCCUUACAGCUGCUCCCAUAGGAUUAGGCUACUAUGGAAGGUAUCCCCCCACUCUUUAUCCACCUCCUCCAUCUCCUUCUUUCACUACUCCACUUCCACCUCCUUCCUAUAUGCAUACUGGCCAUUUACUUCUCAAUCCCACCAAAUACCACAAGAAAAAGCAUAAGCUACUUCGACAGGAGGCCUUUCUUACAACCAGCAGGACUCCCCUCCUUUCCAUGAGUACCUACCCUAGUGUCCCUCCUGAGAUGGCCUAUGGUUGGAUGGUCGAGCACAAACACAGGCACCGCCAUAAACAUAGAGAACACCGUUCUUCUGAGCAACCCCAAGUUUCCAUGGACACUGGCUCUUCCAGAUCUGUCCUGGAGACUUUGAAACGCUAUCGAUUUGGAAAAGAUACUGUUGGAGAACGAUAUAAACAUAAGGAAAAGCACCGGUGUCAUAUAUCCUGCCCUCAUCUUUCUCCUUCAAAAGGUUUAAUAAAUAGAGAAGAACAGUGGAUCCACCGAGAGCCUUCAGAAUCUAGUCCAUUGGCCUUGGGAUUGCAGACACCUUUACAGAUUGACUGUUCGGAAAGUUCUCCAACUUUAUCCCUUGGAGGAUUCACUCCCAACUCUGAUCCAGCCAGCAGUGAUGAACAUACAAACCUUUUCACAAGUGCAAUAGGCAGCUGCAGAGUUUCAAACCCUAACUCCAGUGGCCGGAAGAAAUUAACUGAUAACCUUGGACUGUUUUCUGCACAGGACACUUCACUAACUCGGCCUCACAGAAAGGAGCCACUGCCUUCCAGCGAAAGGACAGUACAGAAUUUGACAGCUCCAGAUGCCACCAAAAGAAGGAGCUUUGAAGAAAGUGCCUGUACCCUCUUUUACCCUGAGGUGGGUGAGGCCAGGCAGGGUGAUUCUCAGGAUAUCCUGAUGAUCAAAGGUUCCCAAACAACCUCAGACAAGUCUUCCCAACGACCAUCAGAGAGUAUGAACUGUAGCCCUACCCGGAAGAGGUCUUCAUCUGAAAGUACUUCUUCAACAGUGAACGGAAUUCCCUCUCGAAGUCCAAGAUUGGUUUCUUCUGGGGAUGACUCUGUGGAUAGUCUGUUGCAGCGGAUGGUACAACAUGAGGACCAAGAGCCCCUGGAGAAAAAUAUUGAUGCUGAGGUUGCAUCUGCCUGUGUGCCACCUUCCUGUAGUCCGGGCCAUAGCCACAGCAAGGAGCGAACCAUGGGAAAACCAGAUGGCCUUCUAGUGCCUGCAGUCCCCAGUGACUCUUGCAGUAAUAGCAUCUCACUCCUUUCUGAAAAGUUGCCAAGCAGCUGUUCCCCACAUCAUAUUAAGAGAAGUAUAGUGGAAGCUAUGCAGCGCCAAGCUCGGAAAAUGUGCAAUUAUGAUAAAAUCUUGGCCACCAAGAAAAACCUGGACCAUGUCAAUAAAAUUUUAAAAGCCAAAAAACUUCAAAGACAAGCCAGGACAGGAAAUAACUUUGUAAAACGCAGACCAGGUCGACCUCGGAAAUGUCCUCUCCAGGCUGUGGUAUCAAUGCAAGCAUUCCAGGCUACCCAGUUUGUCAGCCCAGAAUUGAAUGAAGAUGAGGAAGGAACAGCACUACACCUUGGUCCUGAUACGGUUACAGAUGUCAUUGAAGCUGUUGUUCAGAGUAUAAACCUGAAUUCAGAACAUAAGAAGGGAUUGAAAAGGAAAAGCUGGCUUUUGGAAGAACAGGCCAAGAAAAAGCAGAGGCCAUUCCUAGAACAAGAAGAACAAGAGAAUACUAAAUGCUUUACUGAAGCAGCAGUUGAGAUUCCCAGUCCUCCUGAAACCCCAGCCAAACCUCUUGAACCUGAAAGCACCUUGCAACCCGUGCUUUCUCUCAUCCCAAGAGAAAAGAAGGUCCCACGUCCCCCAAAGAAGAAGUAUCAGAAAGCAGGGCUGUAUUCUGAUGUUUACAAAACUACAGAUCCAAAGAGCCGAUUGAUUCAGUUAAAGAAAGAAAAGCUGGAAUACUCUCCAGGAGAGCAUGAAUAUGGAUUAUUUCCAGCCCCAAUCCAUGUUGGAAAGUAUCUAAGGCAAAAAAGAAUUGACUUCCAGCUUCCUUAUGACAUCCUUUGGCAGUGGAAACAUAAUCAGCUAUACAAAAAGCCAGAUGUCCCACUAUAUAAAAAAAUUCGUUCAAAUGUCUACGUUGAUGUCAAACCCCUUUCUGGUUAUGAGGCUACCACCUGUAACUGUAAGAAGCCAGAUGAUGACGCCAGGAAGGGCUGUGUGGAUGACUGCCUCAAUAGAAUGAUCUUUGCUGAGUGUUCCCCCAACACUUGCCCCUGUGGUGAGCAGUGCUGUAACCAGAGGAUACAGAGGCAUGAGUGGGUGCAAUGUCUAGAACGGUUUCGAGCUGAGGAAAAAGGUUGGGGAAUCAGAACCAAAGAACCCCUAAAAGCUGGGCAGUUCAUCAUUGAAUACCUAGGAGAGGUUGUCAGUGAACAGGAAUUCAGAAACAGGAUGAUUGAGCAGUAUCAUAAUCACAGUGACCACUAUUGUCUGAACCUGGAUAGCGGAAUGGUGAUUGACAGUUACCGCAUGGGAAAUGAGGCUCGAUUCAUCAACCACAGCUGUGACCCAAACUGUGAAAUGCAGAAAUGGUCUGUUAAUGGAGUAUACCGGAUUGGACUGUAUGCUCUUAAAGAUAUGCCAGCUGGUACAGAACUCACUUAUGAUUACAACUUUCAUUCCUUUAAUGUUGAAAAACAGCAACUGUGUAAGUGUGGCUUUGAGAAAUGUCGAGGAAUCAUCGGUGGCAAGAGUCAACGUAUGAAUGGACUCACCAGCAGCAAAAGCAGCCACCACUCUAUAGCCACACAUAAAAAGUCUGGACGGUCAAAAGAAAAGAGGAAAUCUAAGCACAAGCUGAAAAAAAGGAGAGGCCACCUCUCUGAGGAACCCAGUGAAAACAUGAACACUCCAACAAGACUGGCCCCCCAAUUACAGAUGAAGCCCAUGUCCAAUCGAGAGAGGAACUUUGUAUUAAAGCAUCAUGUGUUCUUGGUCCGAAACUGGGAGAAGAUUCGGCAGAAACAGGAGGAAGUAAAGCACACCAGUGAUAAUAUUCACUCAGCAUCAUUAUAUUCCCGCUGGAAUGGCAUCUGCCGAGAUGAUGGGAACAUCAAGUCUGACGUCUUCAUGACCCAGUUCUCCGCCCUGCAGACAGCCCGAUCUGUUCGAACAAGGCGGCUGGCAGCGGCAGAGGAAAACAUUGAAGUGGCUCGAGCAGCCCGCCUCGCCCAGAUCUUCAAAGAGAUCUGUGAUGGUAUCAUCUCUUAUAAAGAUUCUUCCCAACAUGCAUUGGCAGCACCACUUUUGAACCUCCCCCCAAAGAAGAAGAAUGCUGAGUACUAUGAGAAGAUCUCUGAUCCCCUAGAUCUUUCUACCAUAGAGAAGCAGAUCCUCAUUGGUUAUUAUAAAACAGUGGAGGCUUUUGAUGCUGACAUGCUCAAGGUCUUUCGGAAUGCUGAGAAGUACUAUGGGCGUAAAUCCCCAAUUGGAAGAGAUGUUUGCCGCCUACGAAAGGCCUAUUAUAACGCUCGGCAUGAGGCAUCAGCCCAAAUUGAUGAGAUUGUGGGAGAAACAGCAAGUGAGGCAGACAGCAGUGAGACCUCAGUCUCUGAAAAGGAGAAUGGGCAUGAGAAGGAUGAUGAUGUUAUCCGCUGUAUCUGUGGCCUCUACAAGGACGAAGGCCUCAUGAUCCAGUGUGACAAGUGCAUGGUGUGGCAGCACUGUGAUUGCAUGGGAUUGAACUCCGAUGUGGAGCACUACCUUUGUGAGCAGUGUGACCCAAGGCCUGUGGACAGAGAGGUACCCAUGAUCCCUCGGCCCCACUAUGCCCAACCUGGAUGUGUCUACUUCAUCUGUUUGCUCCGAGAUGACUUGCUUCUUCGUCAAGGUGACUGUGUAUAUCUGAUGAGGGACAGUCGGCGCACGCCUGAUGGCCACCCAGUCCGUCAGUCCUAUCGACUGUUAUCUCACAUUAACAGAGAUAAACUUGACAUCUUCCGAAUUGAGAAGCUUUGGAAGAAUGAAAAAGAGGAACGGUUUGCCUUUGGCCACCAUUACUUCCGUCCCCAUGAAACUCACCAUUCUCCAUCCCGUCGGUUCUAUCACAAUGAGUUGUUCCGGGUGCCGCUCUAUGAGAUCAUUCCCUUGGAGGCUGUAGUGGGGACCUGCUGUGUGCUGGACCUUUAUACAUAUUGUAAAGUGUUUGGACCCGUAGGAAGACCCAAAGGAGUGAAGGAGCAAGAUGUGUACAUCUGUGACUAUCGGCUUGACAAGUCAGCACACCUGUUUUACAAGAUCCACCGGAACCGCUAUCCUGUCUGCACCAAAUCCUAUGCCUUUGAUCACUUCCCCAAGAAGCUCACUCCCAAAAGAGAUUUCUCUCCUCAUUAUGUCCCAGACAACUACAAGAGGAACGGAGGGCGAUCAUCCUGGAAGUCUGAGCGCUCAAAGGCACCCCUAAAAGACUUGGGCCAGGAGGACGAUGCUCUGCCCUUGAUUGAAGAGGUUCUGGCCAGUCAGGAGCAAGCAGCCAACGAGAUGGCCAGCCUGGAGGAGCCAGAUCAGGAAGGGGCCACUGCCGAAGUCAGUGAGGGCGGGAAAAAAACAGAAGAGAGCAGUCAAGAAGCUCAACCAGCCUGUACCCCCGAGGAACGACGGCAUAACCAGCGGGAACGACUCAACCAGAUCUUGCUCAAUCUCCUUGACAAAAUCCCUGGAAAAAAUGCCAUCGAUGUGACAUACUUGCUGGAGGAAGGAUCAGGCAGGAAACUGCGGAGGCGUACUCUGUUUAUCCCAGAAAACAGCUUUCGAAAGUGAACCUCUAAAGAAAUGAGAACCUCAAGCAUCUGAGAUCCAGUGGAGCUAACAGUCCUGCCUCCUGUUCUCUGAGUGUAGACAGGAGUGGGAAGGGUCCAUCCAGCAAGGGGAAUGGGGCCAUGACGUUAACAUUAGGUACUUAAUAAACCUUGGAGCUAGUUGAGAGGAAGAGGAAGGGGAUCUGUCUAACCAGUUCAAUUUAACUUGUUUUCCUCUCCAUUGCUUCAUCCAGAAGGUUAAUAAUAAUGUAGGGAGGAAGGCAGAGCACAUUAAGGAUGACCAAAACUUUUUGGUACUUUAUGACACUUGCCCCUCUCCCAGCUUGGGUUUCUCUGUCAUCCUCUGAUCCCACAAGCACUGCUAAGAAGCUGCUUCCUAUACCCAGGUAUAACUCAGAAUCCAAGGGGGUAGGCCAGGAACCCCCACCUACCCCACCUGCUUUCUGUAGGCUCCAAGAGCUAUCCCAGAGACCUGAGACAGAAACAGUAGCUGGGGCCUCUUUCCAGAUCCCCGAAUAGGAAAGUUUCUCCUUUCUUGCCCAACAAUGUUAAAGUAAAACAUGAGCCGAUAACUCAAAGCACUUGUAACUGCUGCUCCUCUCCCUACCUCUACUCCCCAAAAUAGAAUCAUGGAAUAGGGAAGGCCCCCAUGGGGUCAGAGGGCACAGUACUUAUAAUUACCUUUGUUUUAACCUGCCGAACAUAUUUUUUUCUAACGAGGCCAGGCCUCCCCCAGCACAUGUACAGUUUAUGCACUGUGGUUUGUGUGUGUCUGCUGUGCUGUGCGAAUGAAGAUUCAUUUCAAAAUAAAAUCAUUUUAAAACCUAUAUAAAAAUGAACUCUUAACACCCCCCCCCAAACAAAAAUCACUACAUAAACUGUUGAACAGUAUUCACUUAUCAGAGUAUUUGUUGUGAGUGUAGAUUAUCAAUUCAAAACACUACUCUUGUUUUCUUAAUUGUACAGUUUUCAAUUUUUAUCUCUUAAAGAGACAAUGUGUUCUCCCUAAUCCUAGUUCCAUCUUUCCUCCACCCUCCUGAUGAUCAGGAGGGCUAUCCAGGGUGUUUCCUUCCUUCCCAUUCUCUGGGCCAGAAGUUACCAGACAAUAAUGUCUCUUUAAAAAUAAAAUUUAAAAAGCUUUGCUUUGUUGUCUUCUCAGACAUACAUAUGCAUAUAAGUUUUAGAUGUUCUUAUAAGAGAAAAGAUGUUUUUUAAAUGUGCCAAGUUGUAUGUGUACAUAUAUAUGUGUGUGUGUGUGUAUAUAUAUAUAUAUACAUAUGUGUGUGUGUGUAUAUAUGUGUGUGUGUGUAUAUAUAUAUAUGCUGCGUGAUUAGCAAGCAAUACAAUAGUAAACCAGUCCCCAUUACUUUUUUCUAAUAUUGGACCAAUGUUGUCCUAAUUGUACAUUUUCCCUUAUGAUGAUGACACUCUGACUUGUUUAGGUAGAAACAUUGACCACCUUCCAUUCCAUUGAAUCUUUUUUCCUUUUUCUUCUUUGUGUCAAUCUUGAGGAAUAAACAAAAGAGACCGGGGAUGCCAAAGAUCCCCUUGAGCAGAGAAAAAGCAGAAUGAAUAUUUUAUUAAAGAAAAAAGAGAAUUAAGAAAAUAAUUUGGAGUAUUUUCUUACUGUAGAGAAGCACUGUACAUUACUGAGAGACCUGGGUAUAAGAUACUCACGUGUGGAGCUGGAAAAAUCGCAUGUCCGAGCCCAUUUGAGUGGUUUCUUUUUGGUUUUCAUUUUAGGGAGCCGGGGAGGGAGAGGGGGAGUGGGAACAGGGGCACUUUGGGAGUCUCCUUUUAGUCAGAAGCAGGAAAGUUACAAGAAAGAGUUUAAAAUUCAAUAUUUCCUUUAAUAGUGUUAAACACUAAAAUUUUAAAAAAGACAAAAAAAGAAAAACCUUUGUAAUAUGUGUGAACUGAAGCAAAAGACACUACGCUGUCAUUUUAUCUUUCUUUUGUUGAAAGACUAAAAACUGAAACGUUUUUUAGACAAUCAAAUGUUAGGUAAGUGCAAAAACUUGUUUUUUCUUACUUGUGUAGAGAUUAAUGCCUUUUUUUAUUUUUCAGUUAUUUUAUAAUAACGAAAUAAAAAGAUCCCCCUAGCUGCCAGGCGGGUUUUGGUGUUUGAAAUGCGGGGCAAAGCACUACAUCACUGCAAAUAGAUACAGUUAGUCUGCAUGUCUGUAGGCUGUGUGAUUGCGGAAAAUAUAAAUGCUGCUAAUAUAUUUCCUUUUUACAAAAGCAUAUCUAAAUAGAUGAUUGUUUUGAUGUUAAUCUUUGUAAAUUAUGUAUUACCAAUUUUAACAUUGGAUGUAAUUGCAUAAAAAGCUUGCAUCUCAAAUCCUUAAAAGUCUAGUAUUAAACGGAAAAACUUUCCUAACUACA